GUUCUUUCUUUUUUUGGUUGGAACCAAUUAUAUGUCUCUCUAUAUAUAAAUAUAUAUAAUCCAAGUUAGGCCAAUCCAUUUAUGUUUUGAUGAUGGAAUUCUCAAUAAUGAAAAACAGUUGUUCUCAGAAAAUAUCAAGGGUUAGACAGUACAAGAAAUCUUCAGUUCCUCGUUUGAGAUGGACGCCUGAGCUUCAUCAACUUUUCAUUGAAGCUGUUGAACAUCUUGGAGGAAGUGACAAAGCAACUCCAAAGAGAAUUCAACAGAUGAUGGCAGUAAAAGGGUUGAAGAUUUCUCAUGUUAAAAGCCAUCUCCAGAUGUACAGAAACUUGAAAGAGCGAGCCAGCAUCAAUGUUAUUAGAUCGUCUUCCCCUCAGAAAAUAGAACCUGGAAGUCAAUUUUCUUACAAAGCAGGAGUUAAUGAAUAUAGUGACCAAAUUACUGAAAAUAUAUAUUGCUACAAUUACCAGGAAGCACAAGGAAGUUUAACUAGUGGAAUGACAAAGGAAGAAGAAGAUGGUGAAUGUGAAAGGGAGAUCAAUUUUUUGCCUAAUUUGGAUGAUUAUCAAAAUUCCCAGUCUGACAACUCUACUAAGGACAAUUCUCACAUUAAUCUAGAUUUAUCUAUUUCCUCAUGUUUCUAUUGUUAAUUAUUCUAAUAUAGACUAUAGAGUAGUUCCCUAGCUAGCUAGCUAGUAUUAUUUGUCUUAUUUUAUACGUAGUACUAUAGCAAUAAUACUGGCAUUUGUAUCUAGGCGCCCAGCAGUUUUUGUACGAAUGAACAAAGAAAUUCUAGUGGAUUAUUUAA